AUUCCGCCAGAAAGUAACGGUGCGACAGGACGCGUUUCAAAAGUAAAAGUGUUUACAAAAAUAGUAAAUCAUGGAUAGUGUUUCGUUGGAUAAUCCGGCAGUGCGUUCCUACCUGUUUUAUUCAGGCGUGUUGGGUCUAAAGGCACUGGGAAUGGCUCCUUUGACUGGCAUCAUGCGUAAUAAGAAGAAAGCUUUUGCAAACGAGGAGGACGCAGCAUUUAGACAAGGCGUCGUCAACCUAAAUGACCCUGACGUUGAACGAGUUCGUCGCGCCCACCAUAACGAUUUGGAGAACAUUCCUGUGUUUUGGGCAAUCGGAGCGUUGUACCUCACUACGAGACCUAGCGAUGCUCUAGCGAUAAAUCUUUUCCGUGCAUACGCAGCAGGAAGGAUCAUCCACACAGUUGUUUACGCGAUCAAACCACUCCCACAACCGUCCAGGGCAAUCGCUUUCAGUGUCCCCUUCUUCAUUACCGUCUUCAUGGGAGUGAAGGUCGUCUUGUACUAUGCUAAGGCUUAUUAGAAAUUAUUAUUCAUUUUAAUGUUAUGAAAUACUUAUGAUACUAAUAGAUAAAAUAUAAUUCCUAGACUGUGCGCUGUGUAAUGUAAGAUAUUAAAGUAAUUAUAUCU